AUGGCAAUAUUAGACUCUAAAAAUUUUACCGACAAUAAAUGUUCAGAAAACAGUUUAGAAGAGCUCAAUGUUGUAUCUGUAUAUGCAAAUGAUACGUUAUUCAAUUUGAUUUCUGAUAGUUCACCAUGCAAAAACCUGCAAAAAGAUAUGGAAAUUAUAGCAAACUGGGCAAAACUGAAAAUAUUUAAAUCAGAUAAUUUUUCUGAUGAAACCAAAAGAUUACUGAUAAGCAUUCCUGGUCACAGACCUAAAGGACCAUUUCCCAAAGAUCCUAGUCAACAGAACAGAAGUUUCAAUGAAACUUACUAUUAUUCUACAUCAAACUUUGGCCCAGUUCCACGAUUAUGGAUUUGUUAUUCAAGUACGUUGGAUGCAGUAUACUGUCAUCCUUGUUGUCUUUUUUCAAGCAUCAAAAGUCAAUGGCAAUCGGGGAUAAAAGAUUGGAAAAAUUUAUCACAAAAGAUAAAAAUGCACAGUUCAUCCCAACAUCACAUUGAAGCCUGUGCGGUGCUCGAAUUAUGGAAGAAAAAUAAAACCAUCCAUAAAAAAGCUGAAAAUGAAAUACGAUAUAGGGCAUCAUUUUGGCAGAUGGUUCUAGAACGAUUAUUCCACAUAACACUUAUGUUAUCAAAAAAUUCUUUGGCAUUUCGUGGUCACCUUGAAGGAUUUACUGAGGAUUAUAAUGGAAACUUUUUAUCACAAGUUCAAUUACUUUCUAACUACGACAGUGUCAUGAAACAAAUUUUAGAAAUGCCAUCUGGUUCAAUCCGAUACUUAAGUCCGACCACACAGAAUGAACUAAUACAUUGCCUGGGAAAGACAACAACACAAGACAUUACCAAGAGAGACCAAUUUAGUGUUAUAAUACGGCAUGUUCACAUUGUUAGAAAUGUAAAUCAAGAACCAACUCAUUUUAGAAUUAAGGAAACAUUUUUAGGAUUUUAUGAUUUGAAGGACCAUUCAGCAGAGGGAAUGACUAAUCAAGUAUUGACGUUAUUGAAAGAAGCACAUAUUCCUAUUGAAAACAUAAAAAGAUGGGACCUCCUCUCUAUAUUUACUGGGGAGUCUGAAGUUACAUUAAAAAAACUAAAUCCAACACGAUGGUCUGGUAGACUACAAUCAUUAACAGCUAUAAAAGUUCGAUUUACGGAUAUUUUAAAGGCUUUGACUGAAAUAAUCCUUAAAUCGACCAAAAAAGAAGAAAGAGAAGAAGCACUUCAAAUAAAGAAAAAAAUGGGGACAUUCGAUUUUGUUUUUAUCUGUGUUUUUUUAUUUAAGGUAAUGUGCGAGGUUAAUUAUGCUUCAAAAACUUUACAAAAACAUGAAAUAGACUUGGAGGAAGCUUCUGAAGUUUUAAAACACGUUCGUGAAAAGUUAAAUGACAUUAGAAAGUCAUAUGAACAAAUCAAAUUAAAAGCAGAAGAACUGGCACGAAAGUGGGACAUCGAAACUAAUUUUCAAUCAAAAAGGCAACCAGUGAAAAAGCGACAUUUUGAUGAAUUGGCUUCAGAUCAUCGGUUUCAGAACAGAGUGCAUUUGUUUAAAAUGAAUGUUUUUUAUUUUGUAUUGGACAAAAUCAGCGUACAAAUUGAACAACGUUUUUCGGGAAUGCAAACCGUGAAAAACCUUUUUUGCUUCUUAGAACCUAAAAAUAUAAUAAAUUUGCCUGAUACAGAUAUCUUAGAAAUGUGUGAAAAUGUUUCCAAAAAAUAUUCGAAAGUUAUCUCUCCUCUUUUUGGUAAUCAAUUUCUGCAAGCAGUUUCAUUGUUGAAAACAGACUUAACUUCAAAAAUGUAG